AUGACAAGCCCCACACCAGAUUCCCCUCAAUCCCCCGAAGGCGAGCGUUGCACGAGCUGCAGGGAGUCAGGCACACAAUGCACCUUCAAUCUCCCCCUCGCCCGUCGCGGCCCCAAGAUCCGCUCCAGAAAAUCUGCCGGUUCCACAGCGGAAUUACCGCCUCCCCAAUCGUCACAAUGGGAAACCAACACUGUCGAUCUCGGACUCUCGCCGCCUUUGAUGGUUAGUGGUGAUGUAACGAGUCACCAGCGCUGGCAGAAUUUAUCGCGAGCGCUAGCGUUCAUUACGAAUGAUCUGCAGCAAUUUGUUACGCGAUGCUUUGAUCUCUUUUUUGAGUAUCUUUAUCCGCUUACCCCGUUGGUUCAUGAGCCGAGUUUGAGGGACUCGCUUUCGUACUUUGGGCAGUACCCUUCUGAGAAUUUUAGUACAGGGGUUUUGGAGCUUUGGCCGGAGACGACGUUUACUUUGAUCACUGCUGUUUGCGCCGAAGCAGCCUUUUUAUUACCGAAAGAUUUAUUCCCAGAGGGUCAAUCCGUAGCGGAUAUUUUUCUCAAUGCUUCGAGAUCGUGCUUGAAUCAAUAUCUUGAAGCGGAGUUGGAGAAUCCGAAUGCGAACUCAAUCACAAUUCGCUACUUUCACUCGAAUUGUCUUCAUGCAGCGGGAAAGCCCAAGUAUUCGUGGCACAUCUUUGGAGAAGCCACGCGACUUGCGCAGGUUAUGCAAUUGAACCUCGAAACCUCGCUUGAGGGCUUGCAACCGAUUGAAGCUGAGCUGCGACGUCGAGCUUUCUGGAUUGUGUAUAUGGGCGAUAAAUCAGCUGCGAUACUGAACAACCGACCCAUCACGAUCCACAAAUUCUCAUUCGAGUCUGGAAUAACCACGUCCUAUCCUUCUGGCAUUGAAGAUGAAGCUCCGGUUCUCUCGCCUGGUAAUCUCGUCACGAAUUCUGAUGUCGUGCGGAUUACAUGCAUCGAAGGCUUCAACGCCAAUCUAAGACUCUGGCAGAAUGCAUCUGAUCUGCUCCUCGAGUUGCGACUAAUGCAGGACCGAAACCAACAAGAUCUCAGCAUGUCGAAUCUUCAACCGCUGAUCAGCGCGCAAGAAAAGGAUCGGCUGGACGCUCUUUAUGUCCGUUUCAUCACCUGUCUUGAUGAUCUACCACCAUAUCUGCAGUCGUAUACGUUCGCUGCCUUGGCGGAUGAGUCCAGGGAAACCACCAAACAAUUCCUGAUCCAGUGCGCUAACCUUCAAGUCUCUAUCCAUUGUCUAAGAAUGGUGAUAACGCAAAAGUUGGAGAAUCUUCCGUAUUAUAAAUCGGACAUCGGGCACUCGGAUUUGCGCAAGACGGAAAUUGCAAGAGAUAUGCUGAGGGUGAUCCAAGAAGCUCCGUUUUGGUCACUCCAAGUGAAUGGUGAACCCUAUCUAAUGAGAUGUCCCUACCAAGGUGGAGAAGAUACGACUCACUGGUGCGAGUCUUCUGGAGAUCAUUCACAGAAAUGGCUCCUCACCAAUUGCCGCGAGAGCUCGCAGUGA